GCAGUCGCAGCCGCAGCCGGCAGCGGUGACCGCCGCCUCCGUCUCCCAGGACUCCACAGACGCCAGCGAGGAGUUCGUGCUGGCCGACGGGGGGCCCGACCACGUGCUGCUGCUGUCAGUCCCCCACCUGCCCCAGGGGGGCGCCGCCGACCUACACCUAGACGUCUCUACGGCUUCGGACGACACACCCGACGUUGUUCACCCGAACGUCACUCUACGACGGAAACCGGGCAACGUCGAGGACGACAAGUCCGAACUCAACGUGACGACCAUCAGCAUCGACGAAGACGCCUGCACCCGAGUCCCAGAUCAUACUUUGAUUUCCGAGUUGCGAGAUCCACAACUGUCCGUGGACGCGGACGACGGUCUGCGCCUAAGCGACAGUCCUACAAAAUGCGUGCAAAUGCUGACCAUCGUCAACGGCAAUGUUGACGACUCGGUCGAGCUCAUCUUCUCCGAGACGUCGGAUGACAAAACUGCAGUCGCGAUAGAAAGUGCGCUGCCCGUGAAUCGUACGGACUGGGCCGGAAAGGUGAGAGAUGGCCACGGACCGGAAACGCCGACCGGGGUUGCGGCCUCUGGAACUCGUGAGGCACUCGCGUCACAGCUACUUCUGGAAAUGGAAAGGCAAGAACACCCCACCUCGACCAACUGCGUCCAAGUCAUCAGCUGCGACAUUCAGCCGCCUGUAAAGGCCGAGAGAGGAAGCUCAGAGCCUGAAACUACAGACAACAAACUGCAGCUAGGUGCGGGUGAGGUGCUUAAGGAUGAGGAUCUGAAUGUGGCGACUUCUAGUGAGAAAUAUGCCAGCAGGGAAGAAGAGCCACUGUCCGACAACACUCUUGUUGCAAAGGAAAUGAGCGAGUUUAGUGAACAGCGGGUGGAGGAUGUAGUUGUUAAUCACGAAGACACGACUGCAGAAUACGAGAAGGCAAUAGUCGACAAUGUACAAUCGAAGGAUUUGCAGAUAUCCUCCACAAAACAGAACAUGGCCAAUGAACUACAUCCUGAGCUAUCGCCGAAAGAUGGUGGCUCUGAAACGGAGGCUACAGAACAGAAUCUAGAACCGGGUUCAACCAAUGGAGAUCCUGUGACAGCAGAGUACACCAGACGGGACACUGUGGAUUCUGCGAGCGAUGAAGCGACACUCAGCGAGGACGUGACAGUGACUGGCCACCUGACGGACACGGUUGUGCAGAAGCCCGUCCCACGUGCCAGGCGGAAGCCCCCUGUUGUGGACAACGUCAGGUCCACUUUGGACUUCCUGGCAAGUGAGGCAGCACACUCAGCGGCACUCAAUACAGGCCAACUGUCGGACAGCCUGGGGACCGAGACACAAGAGGGCGCGAUUCCAGGAGAGGGUGGAGUGCAGCUGGUGGACACGGACUCUGUGGCAUCGACGGAGGAUCCGAAGCAGCCAGAGGGAUUACUCGACGCUGCAGAAGGAGUGGCUGCAACUGGCCAAGAAGGACAGUUACUCGGAGACCAUGGCGAGCGAGCUUUGCAAGUUGAGGAAAUGGUGGGGUCUCACAUAGAGGGCGAAACUGCUUUGGCAGAAAGUCGAGAAUGUGGGGGCAGCCAUGGCACUGUCAGCGAAGAAUUGCUGGGAACAGAGUCUUCAGGUCAGCUCCUUCAGGCGGAUGAAGAGGAAAAGGAAGAAAAUUUUACAGGAACAAGUUUAUUACCGAAUGAUAGCCAGACUGAACCUCAAAUUGACACUUUCGAGCAGUAUAUUGAACAGACAGUGGAAACUAAGGCUAUGAUGGGAGACAAGCAGCUGCAGAACGAGACGGCAGCUUUCAUAGAACGGGAAAGAAGUGUAUUGCGGCCUGUAGAUGUUGCAGUAGAGGCGUCGGUCGAACAAGAGGAUAGGAAACUGCGAGAAGGGGUAGAUAGCGGGUUGGGUAAUGCUGAGAUGAAGGCAAUAGAGAGUCAAAAAGAGGCUGAAGACGUGCAGGAGCUGGCAGCAGUGGUAAAUGAUCGAGAGGUACAGCCAGAUGGGCAUCAGCUAGAGCAACACAAGUCACCGGCAGACAAUGACCAGGGGAUGGUGCAAGGGACACCAUCAGAUGAGAGGCAGUCGGAGGAGUACAAGGCACCGUCAGACGAGUUGAAGAAGAUUGGUACACUGUCUGAUCUUCAGCAGCUGGAUAUGGGGCCACAGUCAGAUGAGAGGCUGUCGAAAGAGCGUGGGAUAGAGGGAGAUAGGUGUCAGGUGGAUGAGCAAGACCAUUCCCAGUUGGAAGAUAGUGGGGUAUUACCGGAUCACGUGCAGUUGGAGAACCAUUUGACACCUUUAGAUCCAUGCCUGUUGGAGGAAGGUGCAAUGCCAGCAGAAGAGUGCCAAUCGGAAGAUCUUGAGACAUUAUCAGCUCAAUUGGAGGAUCUGGGGAUACCAACAGAUCAGCUGGAGGAGCAAAGGACACUGGGAGGCAAAGUCAGUGAAGAGGAACACGGAAUAACACCAGACAAAGAACAGUCGGAAGAGCGCGCUACACUGCCGGAGACGCCACAGUCGGAGGAUCUCGCAACACUACCGCGCCGGCGAUCGUCAAAGGAGCGAGGGACACCUUCAGACGAGGAUGAGUUGGAGGAGCAACGACAACUGUCGUCAAGCCAGCAGCAGUUGGAAGACCCUGGAACACCAGCAGAGGAGGCCGGGGUGGGGGAGCGCACAACGCCGGUGCCGGCAGAGCGGCGACAGGUGGAGGGCUGUGGCCCAGAGCCCGCCGCGAUGCACACAGACGAGUGGCGGCCGGCCCAGCAGUGGGAGGGCCACGUGACCGCCGCCCCCGCCGCCGCCGACGCCCCCCGCAGCCGCGCAGGCGGGCACGCGAUGGAGGCGGCGCCGGACGCGACCCGGCCGCCCCCAGCGUCUCCCGUGCCGCCCCCCAGCGCGUCGCGACUGCCCCCGGACGGCGACGAGUUCCCCGCCUCCUACACCGAUCCCCACCCCCACCAGCACCAGCCGCCCGCGCCUCCGGCUCUGCUCGACCACAAGAUGGACAGCAAACAACCGCAGCCGCCGCCGGUGCCCAGCAAGCCGUGGGCCGCGCCUGCCGCCCCCGCGCGGGACGCCGCUCCCGCGCAUGCGCAGCAGCCGGCUGCGGCGUCGCCGCUGCGGCGGCGCUUCAGCUCCGCGGCGGACCUGUCGGCGCCCUCCGCCUCCGCCGCCCCCGCCGCCUCCAUCGCCCUUGCCAGCCCGGCGGCCGGCCUCUACUCGCGCGUGGGCGGCAGCCAGCUGGACGUGCGCACGUCGCCGCUGGACCGCUCGCAGAGCUUCCUCGACCUGUCCGCCACCCCCGCAGCCAGCGCCGCCCCUGCCGCCGCCCCCGCCCCCGCAAGGGAGCGCUCUGCCGACGCGCAGCAGGCCACGGCCUCGCUUCCGCGGAGGACAUCCUUCAGCGGCACAGGCCUGCUGCACUCGCGGUCGCAGAGCCUGCUGGACGUGCGCGCGCACCGCAACAGCAUCGCGGGGGAUCCCCGCGUCGGCCAGAUGAUGGAGCGGCGGCAGCGCGGCCUGUCCAAGCUGCGGGGGCUCGUCAUCCCAGAGCGCGUGCCUGAGCUGCCGGUGCUGCUGCCGGAUCUGCCGGAGAUCAAGUCUGUACCUCCACCACCUGUCUCUACAAGGAGCUCAUGGUCUCCUUCUUCCUCAACUCCAACCAAGAGAACGACAGCAACAAACUGGACCCGGUCAGGUCUGUCCACGGCACCUCUGAACAGGCCAGCCAGCUGGCAGUCAGAAAAUGUGGCACCUUUAUCACAGAACCAUUUCAGUGCUCCAAAACCAUUAAGUGCUACAGGUGCAUCUCCAGUAACAAGCUGGAACCCAUCAACUGUGGCCACACGAGAGAAUUCUCGUCCAUCCUGGUCUUCAUCAGCAUCUGUUCCGAAGUAUUCACCUGCCUUCAAGCGAAAGAGCCUCUCUGUAAGCUCUUCACUCAGCUCGUCUCUGUCCUCGAGUCGCGAGGAGCUGCGGCCGUUGUUUGAGGCGACUCCUAACACCCGGCCACCACCGCUACCAUCCUCCAGACCACCACCACUUCAGCCACCUGCAGAACCAAAGUCAUUAGAAAGCAUCGCUUCAUCCCCCACACGCUCGGACAUCAGCUUUGACUUUAAAGUCGGCGCAGCUCGGAGCCCUUCUGCUGCACCGGAGGCAGAUGUACUUACCCCUCACAGCAAAGGUGGUGGAGGAGAUGAUUCUGAUGACUCAGCAGUCAGUUCGAGUCGCUCGAGCCAGUACUCCCCGCCAUCAUCGCCACUACGUAGAACACUCGCUUCUGGCACUGACCAGUCGAGCCCCACUGGGCGUGUGCUGAAGCCGAAGAGUGUGGAAGCCAUAAAUCGAAAAAAUGUUUUGUCGUCAGCUAGACACAGCAGUGGAAGAGACCUCAAGGCAGGCUCACCCCUGAUACAGCGAAAGAUGCCUGAAGACAUUGCCACAGAAGUAGACAGUGCUAUUGUUACGCCUAUUGAAGAUAAUAGUGCCAUACACACACAAGAGGAGAAAAUACAUCAGUAUAGCCAGAACACAGAAAAUGUAAGCGAGAAGGGUGGGGCAGAAAAUCUAGUAAAUAAGGGUGAAAAUAAUAAUGCCAAUUUGUAUGACAGACCAGAUGAUGAUGCUACAAUUGAGCAUCGACAUGUUGGAAAACAGGAAGUUGUUGAAGCUAACGUUAGAAGAAACAUUAAUAGUACACCAGUUAGCCAUUAUAAGACUGAAGAAAGGUUAUUCAGAGCACCAUAUUCCAAUUUUGACCAGAUGAACAGCACAUUGCAAGGAAAAGUUGAUGAUAGGAUUGCAAUGGUGCAUCACAGAACAGAUAAUAGUUCUACUACUGUCAUUCGGAGAAGCAUGGAGAUCCUCACUUCAGUUGGACCAAGUAAAUCAACUGGUGACAAACAAGCUCCACACUGGAGCACCUCCAGAGAGCGACAUACUGGUUCUGUUGGGGAUGCUAACAGCUCCUUUGCAGGUCAAAAAGAGGGAAAAAAUGAUGAAGUAAGAAGCAAUCUGGAAGCUCCUACUGACAGAUUUGAUACUAAGGAGAAAAAUAAUAGAUUGUCAACCAAUAAUAAUAAGUUUGAAGGUGAUGAAACUAGUAAACACCAAUUUGCAACUGCUCGAAGCAAGUUUGAAGACAGCUCAAUUGCUGGAAGGCCAACAUACCAGAAAUCUGAGGAGAGCAAAGUAUUUCCAAGGCAAAGGAAAAGUGAUGAAAAUAGUGCAGUCCUUCGGCGUCAAAAUGCCAUUGAAGACAACAUACUGGAGUUGAAUGGAAAUGACCCCAUCAUAGACAGCAAGUCUCCCCCCGUGGCAGCUCCACGCCGCUACGUGACUCAGUGGGAGGCUUCUUCCCCCAGCAACACGUCACCAUUAGAGAGCCCAUUAUCGCCUGUACCUCCUUCAGUUCCUCCUAAACCCACCUCCAAAUUGUCAAAUGGAAGUAAUGGAAGCAUCAUGAGGCAAGACUCAGGUCCUACACUCGUAAAGCACUUCAGAGGUUCCUCUCUGGACUCUACAGCCAGUGAUGACAACACUCUGCGAGAUAGUGUGCUCUACGGCAGUGUCUCCUCACUUUCUUCAGCUUCGAGCCUCAUAACACCACAGGAACUACAACAGCUGAUGAAUGAGGCAAAUCAGAGUCUUGAUGAAAGUGGCUUAUGCAGUCCAGUCACAUUAGAAGUAAUAGUUUUGCAUAGGGAUCCAGCUGGCGGGGGCGUCGGCAUUACACUGGCUGGUGGAGCAGACUAUGAAGCCAAGGAAAUAACUGUACAUAAAGUUUUGGCAGGCAGCCCUGCAGAUAGAGAUGGGCGUCUACAGAAAGGAGACCGCAUUCUUUCAAUUAAUGGUCACAGCAUGAAAGGUGUCACUCAUCAAGAGUCAUUGCGUAUAUUGAAGUCUCCCUCAGCAGAAGUUGUGCUAGUUGUGAUGAAGAAGGGAUCCGAAGGCGUAUCAAGUCCAUCAUAUGAGGAACCCUCAUUUGGCCGUAAAAUGGCUCCAUUUAGAGUACUUGAACAGUUGAAAGAGAAUAGUGUUGAAACAGUAGUUACAAGUGGUGUAUUGCUGGAUGGUAAUGAAGGUGGUCCCCCUGUGAAUCUGGUACUGUGCAAAGAUGGAGCAGGACUAGGUUUCAGUUUGGAUGGUGGCAGAGACUCACCACUUGGAGACAGACCAUUAACUGUGAAGAAAAUAUUCACAGGUGGAGCAGCUGAAAAGCAGGGGCAGCUGAAAGCGGGAGAUGAACUUCUGGCAGUGGCUGGCUCUGAUGUCACCAACAUGACUAGGAUUGAAGCCUGGACACUCAUGAAGAAGCUGCCAAGUGGUCCUGUCACUAUUUCUAUCAGGCCAAAAGCUGCAGUGUGACACUAAUUAGAAUGUAGGUUGUGCCAAAAGUGUGAACUUGGGAUUCCUAAAAUAAGACUGUGGAAAUGAUCACAACAUAACGUAUCAUCUGCUGCUUCACAAUGUUCAACGAGCAGCAGGUAGAAAAAAAUGAUUAAUGAAUGUGUAUCAACGUCAGAUGAUUCAGUGGUUUGCUAAAGUUUUACUGUAAGUGUUGUAUGUAAUAUAAGUGACAGUUAACUGUCACUGUAAAAUGCAGACAUUGAAAGAAACUUACAUUUCAUAGGGGAAUGUGUGCAAUGUGAUGUAUGCAUCAACAUAGUGUGUGUUUAUUUUAACUACAGUAUCUGAGUAUCAUACUACUAAAUCCUGUAACUUUGUACGAAGGAAUGGGAAAAUUUAUUUGGUGAAUUAAUCCAGCUAUGUCUUCCAGAUAGUGCUGUUAACCAUAGUAAAGAUGGUAGUGACAGUGAACUAUCAACCAAGUGUUUUGCACUUACUGACCUGGAAGGCAACUGCACAUAAAAUUGUUAUUGAUAAAUACAUAGAUAAAUAUAUAUUUUUAGGAGAAAUGUUACUGUUAGCAUGAAUAUUAUUCAUACUGUUAAUACAAUUGUGUUGUAUGUAAUAAUUUAUUGUUGUGUUAUUUCUUCAGAAUUUUAUAGAUACAGCUGCUUUAACUAUGGCAGCUUCAUCAAUGUAGAAAUGAAAUAUGUUAAAAGAAUGUAUAUAUUAAACAUUUAACAGUGCUUUGUAGCUCAUAUUUUAAUACUGUUUUCUUAUAUUUCCUAGGAAUAUCUGAAAUAUUAACCAAUUGUGAGAAUAUUUGUCACAUUGCAAGCAUCACAUACACUGAUGUUAUUUUUUUCAACAGGAACCAGACAAUUGUAAUGAGAUCACACAAAAUGUCUCAUAUUAUGUUCAAAGAGCAAUAUGCAAGCCUCAUUUUGUAUCAACAAAUGUCUAUUCUGCCUUGCCAGUUAGUCAUACUGAGGAAAUUUUAUAUCAGUAGAGUGACAAAGAAAUGUUUUGAAAGUUUUUUGUAAUUAUGUCAUCUACAGUUUGAAACUUCCAAGCAGAUAUAGAUGUAGAUAUGUGUGACAGGUCUGAUUCUCGAACCUAUGUGUUUAUUCAGUACAAAUUAUUCUCUCCACAAAAAAAAAAAAACACUCCACUGAAAAAUUUUUCUCCAUAAAAACACAUCUGCACACUAUCUGAGUACUGCUGUUUAGGUGUGACGUACUGUAAUUUUUUGUAUAUAUGGAAGGGCUGUCAACAAUUGUUUGACAGAAUGUAAGCAAAUGUAACAUUAAUAUUGAUGUUCGUGGUGCUAUUGACACUAUAAUUCCUGUAUUGUGCCAUUAAUAUAAAAUUGUUGCUAUUUUUAACACUAGGUGCAUUUUGUAAAAAGUCAGUAUUCUGUGAUACUGAGAGGAAGAGUUUUGUAAUGAUCAAAUGUUCCAGAGCAGCUUUUACAAAAACAAAAAAAAAAAAAGGAGCACUGUUAUUUUAUUGAACAUAAUCUGCAUUGAAAUUUGUUCAGUCCAUAAUCAUGCCUGUGGUAUUAAGUCGGUAUCUAAGGCAGAUAAUAUUUGUUUCAGAAUAGGUUGUAGUGAGUUUUAUACUUAUUCAUUGAGAGUAUGAGACAGUAAACAGUAAAUUUUAAAACUGUGUUUAUGGUAUUUCCCCAUUUAACAACUUGAAACACAUUAUAUCUGUCUAAAAAUAAUUCUUCCAGAAAGUAGAGAGUAAAAUGGGCAGUGCUAUUGAUUUGAUUUGAAUGGAUUUGAUAAAGCUGAUAUAUUGUGACUGGUUGAAUUGCUAAAUGCUAUAUCACAAUAGCAGUUGUUACUUUUUAAGAAUUUAUGCUCUGAAUUUAUGUUGUAAUAUAUUUGUGCAGAUUUUCAUUGAAAUAAAGACCAGUAAGUGGUUUCUAUA